AUGUCUGGCAAUGAUAAUUCCGGGACACCAAACGUACCGCCACCACCCUUCAACCUGGACCAUGAGGCUGCGUAUCAAGCUUGUGCGGCGAAGCUGGGGUCAUCAGAUACGGACAACUUCAUCGUAAGGUUCAACAAGGACGCAGCGGAGUGCGCUGUCGAUGUGAAUGCGGACGAGGCGUUGCAGUGGUUAGACAGCAAAACCCGUGGCACUCACCGAACCGUAUGGCUCAAUUUCUGGGCGUCGCCAUCGUCAUCGCAGAAGAAAACAAUCGGCGUCGUCGCCAGGAAAUAUGGUCUGUCGCCCAGGUUAGCGGGACUUCUUUGCCUGGCGACUCAAGCCCCGAAGACCCCUGCCUCCUCGACGGGUACAAGUAACAGCUCAGCUGUGUCCGAUGCUUCGGAGGCAAAGUCGACAGCGACAACUGCACAGACCUCGCAGACAAUGGACCUCGAAAAAGGAUCGACGCAGAGUACACCGCUCAGUGAGCCCUUGCAACCAGGCCAAAGCAAAAGGACGUCUCCAAGCUCUCAUGGCUUUGGCUUCCGCGAUGUGGUCGAUAGCCUUUGGCACUUUUGCUCGGUCGACUUUGGACGCCAUUAUAUCUACGUUGGGUACAAUGCUCUGUUCUAUCUAAGUGGGAAAAAGAACACUCGUAAGGACAGACCAUCCGGCCAACGCGUCUGGACGUCUCUCCUCCUCUGUGAUGACGGUACAGUCAUCUCCGUCUUCGAGCGACCGCCAAUUGCAGACUCCAAGGCGAUCCAACGAUUGAGGGGCAACGUGCUUAACGUCUUUAAACACCUCUCCUCACUGCACGACCAGGAUGAUGCACAAGGCGCGUUAAUGAAAGUCCGCGUACGGUGGAACGAGCAUUCCGUGAAAUCUCAAACGGAGUAUUCCGAAACCGAGGCUGCAAGUCUCUUGUUCUAUUACCUCUUUGACGAUUGGGUGUCGACGUAUAAUUUGAUCGCACGCAAGGAACACCCGUACCGCUCGAGUUUGGAGACGCUGAGAAAGGAUAUGUUCGACGCGGCCGAUGUGUCACUCAUUGAGCAAGUCCAUAAUACAGGACGACAGCUGACGGUGUUGAAGUUGAUGUAUCAGAGUUAUGAGCUUAUUGUAUCGAGACUGCUCCAUCGUCAGCGUGCCGCGAGGGCUCCGGAUUUCAUGUCGAUGUCGACCCCGCCGGCUGCUCUGGAGCGACAACAGACUUGGGGUGACCUCAGCGAGAUGUCGGCCGCACAGAUGCACCCGAGCGAUCUUAUGUAUCUGGACGAAGACUCCAGUCUGAGUGUCAAGUUGAGUAUGUCGGCUGUGGUGCGGUUUGAAAGAUUGCUUGAUCGCAUACGCUUGUAUGCUUUGACGGAGAUUGAAGAGUGUUUGAAAGAAAAGGAGUCCCUAGUGUUUAUGAAUUUCAACUUGGUCACGCUGAAGGAAUCGCAGGCUGUUGAACGAUUGACUAGAACAACGAUCCUGUUGGCCAAAGCGACCAUUCUUUUCUUACCGGUCAGUCUGAUGACUGCAUAUUUCUCGAUCCAGUUACCAGAAAUCACGGAGAAGUACGAUCUCGAGACGUAUUGGCUUUGCUUCUUGGUCGUUUCGGUGUUGUCCAUUGCGUUCUUGGCGGCUUUUGGCUUUUAUACGCAUACCGUAGAGGGGAAGACCAUUUACAAGUCCGUCACGAGGAUGAUAUUGGAUCUCUUCAAGCGAAAAAAGAAGACAAGUUAA